UGAGCUUCUUCGGUGGGACAAUACAAACAUCUCAUCUCACGCGCCGCCUUCACAAAAUCCAUCAUCCCAUCCCCAAUCACACUCCACCGGGUGGCCAACACGAGCCGACAGAUUGAGGACUGUGCGUGCACGCGCCAAGUUGGGCGCUUGACGUAACGGGAAGGCUCCCUCGACUCCCUUCUCUGCAAUAUCUAUACUGCUUUUUCUGCGAUCAUCCCUGUGAGAGGAGAAAGUCCCAGAGGUGUGCCCCAAGAAAGGAAGAUUGGCAGAACCAAAGUCGACCCACAAUUAUUCUUCCUCUAAAAAGCACGGGGACGGAUUAAAGAUCUGAGCUUUGGCCGUUUCCUGGAAGAAAUCGCGAAAUUUCCUAUCUGGGGCUAUCGCCAUGGCGGAAGAGCAGCUGCAGGAGCCGCCGUCGCCCAGGUCCCCGUCGGCGGCGGCUGAGGCGCCUGCGACGUACUCGCUCCUGCUGAGGGUCAUGAGCAAGAGGAGGACGUGGGUGUGCCUCUUCGUCCUCGUCUACGCGAUCCUCCUCUCAUCGACGUGGAACUUCAUCAAGUCGAUACUGUCCUGGUACAGGCUCCAGUCGGGGCCUUCGGGUUGGCCAGCCGUCUACGCGUCGGUGAUGCUGGGGGCGGUGUUCGGGUUGCUGUCCAUGGUGGCGGCCCUCGCGGUAGCCGUGCCCGCCAUGCUGGUGACGUGGAUAACCGUGGUGGUGCUGCUGGCGUUCUUCGGGAAGCCCCGGCGGACCCUGGUGGUGGAGGGCAGGAAGAUCACGAGGGAGAUUGUGGGGUUCGUCUGCAAGAUCCUGCUCAAGGAAGGGAACGUCGUGGCGGCUGUCUGCGCCGUGGUUGGGUACUUCGCCCUCGUCAAGAGGAACAGGGAAGCUGAUUAGGUCAUAAAAAAUGCUUCAAUUAUUGUGAGAAAUUUUGGGAUUUUGAGCUUUUUUCCUAAUUUUAAGGAUGUCUGAAAUUGGGAAAGUGAUCUCUCAUAAUGUCCAAAGAACCAAUGGGCGCAAAUUCUGGGGUUGUCGUCGUUCAGGGUUGUAAGCUUAGCCCUGUAAAUUCCACUGCUAGCCUUGCUUGUAUGAGUUUGUGAUCUUACUGGAAAUUAAUCUGAUCAUCAGCUGCGUCUCACUCUUCC